AUGUCUAUUCUCUUUUACCGGAGACCCUCAUUCGUCGAGAGGCCUGACGGCCCGUUGAACGGCAAGGCCUGCCAGCGCAUGGUCGAGCGUACCCAGAACGGCCGCCGUGCCAUCCCGGACGAAUUGUCCUUUGAGAACAUCAUGUCUAAUAAGGCGCUUCCGCCAUGCUCACUUAAUGACUUCAUGGACUACCUCGUCUAUAUUUCCCAUGACGCCGAGAACCUUCAAUUCCACCUGUGGCUGCAAGACUAUACCCAACGGUUCUCCGCAUUAAAGCCCGAGAGCAAGGCCCUCGCUCCCGAGUGGAAGGACCAGUCCGCCCCACCGGAGGAGAAGGCGGCCCAGGUCGCAGCACCACGAGGGCGCGGCUGGCGGCGCGCCAACAAGCCCGGCCCUCUGGUACCCAAGAUCGACUUCGACAAGCCGUCCUCGGACGCUGCAGAGGGUGAUAUCGGGCUGACAGAGAUCGUCGUCAUGCCCGCCAAAGAAGGCACCAGCCCCAGCCCCAGUCGCACCACCUUCGCCACCACGGGCCUUGCCAGCCCUCUCUCUCCCAAUUCGACCUUUGAGGAUGCGUACAACAACCGCACCGUUACGCCUGACCCGCGCGAGCCCCGCCUCUCGCACCGCGCUUCCCAGCCGCUGAUGACAGAGGAGUCGGUGCGCGAGCUCAAGGACGAGGCGAAUACCCAGGCGGGCCUCAAGUGGGAUGGCUUCUCGGUGCAGCCCUUCCGCGCCGAAAUCGACCGCGUCAUCGCGCACUACAUCGCCCCGGGCUCGCCCCGCGAACUCAACCUCUCAGCGCGCGACCGCGCCGCCGUCCUCCACGCCCUGCAGCACACGACGCACCCGUCGGCGUUCACGGCCGUGGCCGCCAUGGUCGAGGCGACGCUGCGGGGGCAAUCGCACCCGAACUUUGUGCGCUGGGCCAUCUGCAACGGCAACCAGCCGCGCGUCUUCUUCGUGCGGACGAUGGGGGUGACGCACAUUGCGGGCGGACUACUAAUCGGGAUCAUUCUCGCGCUCUCAAGUGCCAGCCGCUGGUACCGGCUGCUGAUGUUCCCGGUGCUAUUCCUGGGCAUCACAACCAUGAUCGCGGCGUACAAGGGCCUGUGCGUGAUCCUGCACAAGACGCACACGCGCAACGUCAAGCCAUGGGAGGAUGCGCGUAGCCUGAACUCGGGCAUUACGGGAGCGGAGGGCGCGGGGGUCUCGACGGCGGAGGCCGACGCGCAGACGCUGCCGCCCUGCACGCCCACGACGCCCAACAAGCCGGGCCCCGUGCCCUUCGACUACGACGAGGAAGCCACGCUGGCAGGCUCGCCCGCCCGCUCCGCCAAGCACGACUCCUGGGGCAGCGCGGCGUCGUCGCGGCGCAGCGACGCGUUUGGGCCCGCGAACGAGUGGGAGACGGAGGACUGGGUCGCGCGGUAUAAGCGCCGCAGCUUGCGCGCCAAGGUGUUUGAUGCGCAGACGUGGGUGCAGGAGGAGAGUGUAAGAGUUGUUCAGGACCGCAUUGUUAGGCAGAGCCAGGCGUGGAGUUUGUUGCUUACGGCGGCGGCGACGGCGGCGGUCGUUGCGGUGCCGGGGGGUGGGUUUUUUUAG